CUGGAGGGGACUGGGGCGGGCGAUGCGCCGGGGGGUCCCAGCACGCUGCUCCCUGGGGGCGAAUCGCGGCCGGGCCUCUCCCCAUCCCCGGCCGCCCCCGAGCGCCGCGAGGAGCCGGAGGAGGAGGAGGAGGACACGGAAGACAGCGACGAGUCGGAUGAGGAGCUGCGCUGCUACAACAUCCAGGAGCAGAGCGAGGAGAGCGAGGAGGAGCCGGCGGCCGUGCCCAUCGUGGUGGCCGAGAGCCAGAGCGGCCGGAACCUGCGCAGCCUCCUCAAGAUGCCCAGCCUGCUGUCCGAGUCCUUCUGCGAGGACCUGGAGCGCAAGAAAAAGGCCGUCUCCUUCUACGACGAUGUGACCAUCUACCUCUUCGACCAGGAAAGCCCCACGCGGGAGCUGGCUGAGCAGAGCUUCCCAGAGCCCACCCUGCCUUCGGGGCAGCCCCCCUCGCCUUCGGGGCAGCCUCCUGCCAGUGGCAGCCCCCCCAGCCCCACGGACAGGCUCGGCGCCUCCGACGACUCUUCGGACGGCAACGCCUCGGAAGAGAGCGGUGGCUUCGAGUGGGACGAUGACUUCCCUCUGAUGCCAGUGAAGCCGUCCCUGGUGGCCUCGCUGCCGGGGACACCGGCGGAGCCCCCCGCGGCCGUGCCCGCCCUGGUGCCGGCGCAGAAACAGGUGCUGCCCAUCCAGUUCUCCCGGUUCACGGUCUCUCCUGCCCCGGUGUCCCGGUUCUCCAUCACCCACGUCUCCGACUCGGACAUGGACUCCAUAGGAGGCAGCAGCGAGGACGGUGACCGGGAGUGAGCCCGCCGGGACGCAGCCGGCAUUGCCCCGGCACCGGGGCGGCGCAGGACGGCGGGGCCGGCGCGGGGGCCGCCCGUGGGCUCCCGCAGCCCGCUGGGCAGUUUUUAGGCAGAUUUUAUCGGAAAGGAACUCGUUUGCUGCUCGGAGUGGGAGCGGGGCCGGCGCGGCCCCCGCGGGGCCAGGCGGUGGGUGACGGUGACGGCCGUGCGUGUGCGGGUGGCUGUGAGCGUGCGUGUAAAAUACACACUUAUAUAUAUAUAUAUACAUAUAUAUAUAUAAAUUAUAGCGUUUCAAGGGUAGUGCCCUGACCUUGCUAACAUUUGCGGAGUGUCCUCCCCAGUGCCGUUCCCCCUUGGCUUCUUGCCCACAUGUGCUCCCCGAGGCGGUUUGUCCCCACACCCUUCUCCCCCGGGCUGUCCCCUCCCUGUGCCGUGUGCUCAGUCUUGCACCUUGUGGCAGCUUGGCUGUCCCACCGUGUCCCACAGUGUCCCACAGCUGCCCCAUGGCUGCCCCAGAGACGCUCCACGACAUUCCUGACCGAGGGCCCACUGGCUGCUGCCGCUCUGGAUGUCACUCCCUGUGCCAGGGGUGCCACAUGGCUACCCAGAGUGGUCCCCAUGGCUUUGGAGCUCCCCUCCCUUGGUUUGCAGGGAUCAGUCCCAGCUGGGGACCCUGAGGACUGCUGGGACCCUUGUCCAUUGGAGUGGGGAGCAACACUGGCUGGUUGUGGGGGGAAUAUCCCCCACCGGGAGCCGCCAACCUGACUAUUUUUGUAUUUAAACAAAAAUUAAAAUACCCCAACCCCACCCCAAAACCAAAACUUGCUGUUGACUGAACCCACAUUGAUGCGAUUUUAAGUUAUUGCUGCCAAAGAGACUUACUGGGGAGCGGGGGGAGGGGGGGCGCGCUCGUGGCUCUUUGUUCCGUUUUGGGUUCUUUUUUGUUUGUUUCUUUCUUUGUUUUGUUUUGUUUUUUUUUUUUUAAAUUCAUUCGAGGCUUAGGAUAAUUGUGCAAUUCCAGCUUCCGGAAGGAAA